GAAAAGUAUCUCGAGUUCAAAAGGGGAAAAUACUUUAAAGAAAAGUUGAAACAUGUUCGCGUUACGUUCCUCGAUGGCUUUUAUUGUAAUCCUUUCCGUUAUGGCUGCAGUUAUGCUAACCUCAACUGAAGCCGCCUACCGUAAACCGCCUUUCAAUGGCAGCAUUUUUGGUAAACGCAACAAUGUCGAAUAUGAUAAUGCGAAGGCUUUCUCAGCUAUGUGCGAAAUAGCUAUGGAGGCUUGCCAAUCUUGGUUUCCUCAAGCGGAUAGCAAAUAAAUUUAAAUAAAUAAAUUUUUUAUGAGCUUCUUUACUAAACUUACUCUAAACAUAUUCAUUCGAAUUUUGAAUAUACUCAUGUGUUGCCUGGCUUCUUACAUCAUAUUUUUUUUUGUAAAAUAAAAUAUUUUAAAAAUAAU